AUUGGCUGGGAGCGCUGUCAGUCAUCCAGACUUGGCUGGCGCACCCAUCGAUCGCAAUUUACAAGUCGCUCUGGGGUUUCGGUGCAAACACGCACCAGGCGGCUGGUUCCCUGUUUCCUUUGAAAGAAAACUCAGACACAGAAGAAUUAACGAGUCAGUUUAAGAAAAUAAAAGUGUCGACCAUGGAGAGGAGGAUGUCUACGUUGACUAUGCUGCUUCUGGUGACAGUGCUGUCAGGUGUUGGUGCCGUCGUUGUGUCCAUCCCGCAGCCUUUAUAUGAGGUCGCCAGGGGGAAGAGUGUCACACUGCCCUGCAACAUUAAACCCCAAGGUAUCCCCAAACAGAUCAUCGUCACAUGGUCCACUGUGGCUCUCACACCGGGUACUCAAGAGGACGAUGUCCUCACUUAUUAUUCGACUGAUAAAACUACGGACUUCGGUUCGCUGUAUGAAGGCCGGGCGAACGUGGAAGUAGAUGCUACCACGACAAAUGCCAAUCUGGUACUGUCCUCCACCACACUGGAUGACAACAAGAAUUUUCAGUGCCAUGCCCUGAUUCAAGGGGACAUUAAGGGCACGCCAAUGGCCUCUACACGUCUGGUGGUUCUAGUGGCUCCAUCUACGCCCACCUGUAUGACACAGGGAAAGGCAGAGUAUGGCCAGAACAUCAACCUGACCUGUGUGUCCCAGGAAGGGUCCCCGCCACCCAGUUAUACUUGGAAAACUCAAGAUGUCAUGAACAACCCUCGUGCUUUCCCCCCCAAAACCACUGACCAGGGAGGUAUCAUGUCUCUAUACAACAUCUCCAAAGAAACCUCAGGAUUCUUCAUCUGCACCUCAACAAACAAGAUCGGCUCUGCUUCCUGCAACCUCACCCUCGCAGUAAUGCCGCCUUCCAUGAACAUUGCCUCCACUGCAGGAAUCAUUGGUGGAGUAAUCGCUGCGUUGAUCGUGCUCAUCAUCGUCAUCUACUGCUGCUGCUGUCGGAAGAAGGAAAAGGACGAGGAAUACGACAUGGGAGUUCGUGAGGAGGAGGAGGAGGAGAGGGAAACUGUCAAAGAGCCACUUAGAAACGGUGUGCCGGAGGACACCCGCGGCUCUGACUCCAGUGUGAGGAACCCUGUUGAACAAAGUGAACGCAACUACAAGAAUCGCAAGGAUCUUGACGACCGCCGCAGCGACUACGACGACCGCCGCAGCGACUACGACGACCGCCGCAGCGACUACGACGACCGCCGCAGCGACUACGACGACCGCCGCAGCGACUACACCGACCGCCGUGAAAGGUACACCGAUCGCAAUGAGCGCUAUGACGACGACCGCCGCUACGAUGACCGCAGAGACCGACGUAGUAAUGACGACGACCGCUAUGAUGAUCGCAAUCGUGACAGACCAGCUGUGCCAGCCAAUAAGCCACCGAGGAGGGACAACCAUGACUAAAUCUCCAACCCUCAUCGGCCAUCGUCUCCAUCUUCUGUCUUCUCUAAUGACUUUACUCAAAUGGCAAUGACAUCACACUCAAGGUGUGGCCUGGUUGGCAACAACAUCUUUGCCUCCAUUGCUCUUGUUUUAAUACAAUUGUCUCAAACGCCACAAAUAUACUAGAAUUAAGGGGAAGCUUUAUGGUAGAGAGGUUGAACCAUUUUGAGUUGUUUGUGUAAAGAUUAGUUAGUUUUAGAGAGCUGUGUAAUACAGAAGUUAGGUGAUAUUUUAGCUUUAAACUCACAAUGUUGGCAUUGCUACAUAUGAAUGCAAGGCCUUGUCUGUUUUGAUUUGAGUUUUAUUCUGCUGUAACCAGUGGUAGGAAGCUACCGCCACACUUCAUAAAGGGCUUUAAUGAUGUCAUUUUUUUUACGCUUCAUAUGAUUAUUUCUGUUUAUUUGAGUUAGCUUGUCUGUCCUUGUAUAGAAACAGACCUCGAACCAGUUUUAAUGUGCUCUAUUUGGUGCUUUUUCCCCCCCCUCCUGUUUCUUGGGAUUUCACCACAGAUCUAUUUUUAAAUGAAUAAAUAAAUGUCUAAAUUUGGAAUGUAAAGUCUCCUUUUGCCGUGCUACCUUUCAAAGAUGUUUUGUAUUGAUGUGUUAAGUAUUUUGUGAAGAGAUUUAUGUUGAAAGGCAAUGAAAUUAGACAAUGUACAUUAGAAAUCUUGUUUUAUCUUAGCAAUGUUAAUGUUACCAGUUUCACAUUGGGAUUUGUGUUGUGAAACAUUGUGUGCAAUCGUCAUGCUGUACAAACAAAGCGGAAAUAAAAUGA